CGUGCAGGCCGCCGAGCUGGAGCGCGCCACCCGCAUGGCGCUGGACCAGCUGACGGCCCGUGUCAACCCGCGCAACCUGGAGCGCAUGCGCCACCUCAAGGCGCGCAUGGCGGCGCUGGAGGGAAGGGUGGACACGGUCCGCGGCGUGCUUGAGAAGCUGCUGGAUGACGACCGCAGCAUGGCCGCUCUGAACCUCACCGCCAAGCAUGUAGCGGAGCUGCAGACGCAGCAGCUGCAGCAACAGCAGCUCCUCCUACGGCAGCAACAGCUGCAGCAGCAACAACAAUCUGAGCAGCAGCCACAGCAGCAGCAGGGCGAGCUGGUUGGCAGCAGCGGUGGCAGGGGGGCAGCAGUGGG